AUGGCGUUAUUCGAAGAGGCCAACUGCAGUCGAAAUGCGACCGCCCCUACGGCCAGCGACGCGGGCGUCGCAGGCGCUGGUAUCCUGUUGUCCUUUAUGAUCACGGCGUUGCUCGCCAUCGUCCUAUCGAGUAGUGUAAUUUUCGCCGAAAUGCGAGGCAAGGACUCUGUCAUCCGACGGAAGCUGCUCAACGGCUACAGCGACUCUCAAAUCAUGCAAGGAAUUGGUAUCCAGAGCGUUGGGCUUGCUAAGAUGAACAGUCUCGUGCCAUAUCACUUUUUCCUCAUCUGGAUGCUGUCGCUUCUUUCCAUGGCGACUCACAACACAACGCUGCUGGCCCUCAAGCAGGAUUAUCGCCGCGAUUGGGUAAUUCGAUGGUUGCGACAGUUUCUCAUGUUUGUCAACCUGGCGCUGUCUUGCGUCUCUGGUAUCUUUGUUCUCGAAGGUGUUUCGAAAGGCUUGGACGACAAGACUCUACCUAUCGCUUGCGUGUGGAAAGUUGACGGCAACGGGGCUGCGUCGAUGGCUGGACUGUCUUAUGUUGGAACGAUCGUCGUUAUCGCUGGCAACUGCAUCGUUUUCGGUCUGGCUACUUGGUACCUCCACAGCAAGCAGCAAAGAUUCUACAAGGUCAUCCAGAUUGUCGGGCUGGUUUUGAUGACGGCCAUCGCGGUCGGUGCCGCAGUUCGCAUUAUUAUCUUGUCCCAAGCAUUUGGUAACCCAUCGAUCGAGCUGAAAGACCAGGGUGAAACCGUCUGGAGUUUCGGGCAGCUUCUGUCCUUGCUCCUUCUUAUCCUUCCGCUUGUUAAUGUGAUCGAGAUCUAUCGUGGAGAAAUCGAAGUGGCAAAGCCUUUCCGAGAUGAGCGAGCAAAAGUCUACGACGGAGAACUGCAGGACAACCCACAGGGAUCGCGAACGAAUUUGUUUCGAAAAUAG